AUGGUAGCAUUGAGCCAACAAGAUCAUGGUGUCAGCAGAGUCAUUGAGCUUGCCGGAGAGGUGCACAUGAUCCGAGCAAGCGGGCCAUUCGAGCUCGAGAAGCAACGUACAAGGUUACGGAACCUUGCAGAUGAGCAAAUGGAAACAUGUGCCCGGCAGAUGAGAUACUACUUCAAGGUCAAGACAUGGGCUAGUGGGCCCAUAGCCUGCGCGCUGAUUUUGAUGGCGGUAGAUGCAGUCUUAGACAAGUAUUUCGAUCCAGUCGCAUCGCUGAUGCCAACCAUUUCCGGCUUCGUUGACGAGACGCUGAAACGUGGUUCGGAGUUAUCCCCCUUUGAUGAAGACCUGAUACGACUUGUACAGUUGACAGAUUCUGUAAAUGCAGUUUCACGGUCGGUAUACCCCUUUGGCUCUAACUUUACCACCCGAUCCUUCUUAGGCGAGAUCCCUUCGGCAUCCCACACUAAUGCCACUAUACCUUCGCCCCUGAACAACAACGAUGUCGACUACAUACUGGUAGCGAUGUGGUGUUGGGGAAAUCUUCAAGGGAGGAUGUUUGACUGGGUCUCCGAAACUAUAAAUCGCCCAUCCACCCAGCUAAGCGCUGAGCAGAAGGUCAGAGGAUUAGAAAUCGUGUGCGAAGCCUCAUCACUACAGGUGAGAUUGCUCCAAUGCUUCCUGCAGCUCGGCAGAAUCUCAGAGUCAAGCUAUCAGCUGCUCGCUCCAUACAGCUACUGGGUCCUCAUCGGCAUCUCUCAGCUGCUCGGGCACGAGAGCUGGAAGUUGCUCCAGUGUGGCCUCCCAGUCAUGGCACGGGACCAACUGCACAAAUACGCGCUGGAAAAUGUGGGCUGCAUCACUACCAUCGUGAAUCGGACUGGCUUGCUGAAUGGCGUUAUAAUGCCGUUGGUGUUCUCGAUGGGGUUGGAGAUGGUGUCUUACAAGGACCGGAGGAGGGUGCUGGACAUUCUGGACGAACAACAGGCUCGAAACUUUGGUCUUUCUGGGCUUUUCCGGAGAGCACUCUUGGAUGCAUAUGCAGGUCAGGAUUUAGGCAAGCAAUAUAUGGUGCGUAGUAUCAAAUAUUUACCAGGGACCUGA